CGCGGGCUGCGGAUGAGGACAGAGGUCCAUAUUCUGCCCAUAAAAACCCCAAUCAACAAAAGGGACUUUUGAAGUGAAGUGAAGUUUUAUUUGGGAGCACUCCCCUCAACAUGAGGGUCCACAGCUGACGUUGGAUAUUCUCCACAGGCUGCCUGUUGCUACAAGUUCAAUAUCCAUUUUCUUUCCAGAGUUUCGGAGAACAAGUACUGCGCGUAAUUACGCACCAUGGCGCCGGUUCUGGACAGACGCGCUCCGGCUCUGCUUCUGGUCUGGAGCUACUGCGUACUUGCCGACACCGCUUUCACCAACUUCACCUUGGAUAACGAGUUCCACUCCAGCUUCAUCCACCGUCGGCUGAAGAGCCAGGAGCGCAGGGAGAUGCAGAGGGAGAUCCUGUCGAUCCUGGGGCUGCCUCACCGGCCUCGACCCCACCUCCACGGGAAGCACAACGCUGCCCCCAUGUUCAUGUUGGACUUGUACAACGCCAUGUCCACAGAGGGGGACGAGGACCGGUACUCCUACCCCUACAAGCCCGUGUUCACCACCCAGGGGCCCCCGAUAGCCAGCAUGCAGGACAACAACUUCUUGACCGACGCAGACAUGGUCAUGAGCUUCGUCAAUUUGGUGGAACACGAUAAGGAGUUCCUACCAGUGCGGCGACAUCACAGAGAGUUCAGAUUCGACCUAUCAAGGAUCCCGGAGGGCGAGGCGGUCACUGCUGCUGAGUUUCGGAUAUAUAAAGACUUCAUCCACGAACGUUUUGACAAUGAGACCUUCCGCAUCAGCAUCUACCAGGUGUUGGAGGAACACACUGAUAGGGAGUCGGACCUGUUUCUGCUGGACUCUCGGGUGAUCUGGGCCGCAGAGGAGGGCUGGUUGGUGUUUGACGUGACGGCCACCAGUAACCACUGGGUCCUGAACCCUGGCAGGAACCUGGGUCUACAGCUUGCCCUGGAGAGCACGAUUGGAGAGAGCAUCAAUCCUCGUGUGGCAGGGCUGAUCGGGCGCAGCGGGCCUCAGAAUAAACAGCCCUUCAUGGUGGCCUUCUUCAAAGCCACGGAGGUGCACCUGCGAAGCAUCCGCUCAGCGCAAGGAGGGGCCAAGCAGCGCAACCCCAACCGCUCCAAAGGGACAAAGAACCAGGAGGCCCUGAGAGUGGCCAAUGUUGCAGAAAACAGCAGUACUGAUCAGAAGCAGGCCUGUAAGAAGCACGAGCUCUACGUCAGCUUCAGAGACUUGGGGUGGCAGGACUGGAUCAUCGCUCCGGAGGGUUAUGCGGCGUACUACUGCGAGGGAGAGUGUGCCUUCCCGCUGAACUCCUACAUGAACGCCACAAACCAUGCCAUUGUGCAAACCCUAGUUCAUUUUAUUAACCCGGAGACGGUUCCUAAGCCCUGCUGUGCGCCCACACAGCUCCACGCCAUCUCCGUGCUCUACUUCGACGACAGCUCCAACGUCAUCCUCAAGAAAUACCGCAACAUGGUGGUCAGAGCAUGCGGCUGCCACUAGACUGUCAGCAUCUUCACAUAGAGACACACACACACACACACACACACACACACACACACACACACACACACACACACACACACACACACACACACACACACACAUAUGAGUAGAAAGGGCUUCCUCUUGCUGUCAGGCACCAUUUGAAACAUCGAGAGUGGAUUACAAAGUGUAAUUCAUGUAUUUUAUAAGCGCGAGUUCAAGACGUUCUUCUGUGUGGGAGAGACUCUUUACAUUUGUUGAGGUUGUCCUGAAGUAAACACGAUGUUGUGUUGCUGAACAGGGAUUUCAAAAUGUUUUACAAUCCCCACCACGAGUGCACACACACACACACACACACAUACAAACAAUCAAACACGCGCACACACACACACACACACACACACGUUUGUGCUUUCUACUGUGUAUACAAGACAUUAAAAGCAGUGAUUGUACUGUAUAUUCAUUCAAAGUCAACAAUCUUUGGUUUAUUUCAAUAUUUGUUAUUGUAGUUUGAUUCUUUUACUGUAGAUUUUAUUAUAUAUAUAUAUUUUUUAUGACUGAGAGACCCAGAUGGAUGUUCUGAAUUUCUUCUAUGUACAAAUACUGUGUAAAUAUUGUUUUUUUCAAACAAAGCAAGAGCUGUAUUUAUUUCUUAGAAUGUCACUUGGGUUCGUGUUUUUUUUUUCUCCUGUAUGUAAUGCUGCCUGUUUUCUUUCACUCAAUAGUGCUCACAAACGCUGAGAAAACAAAGUUGACACAAAACUACUUCGACACGAGCGUUGAGUUCAACGUCGAUGCGCCUCUUUCUGCCUCUCGUGUACAUAUACGCAACUCGUGAUGGCGGGAGGCUAUUUGCGACAACUUGGACCUGUUCAAAUGUUUACACAUUUCAUCAGUGGAAGCCGUUCCAUAUUCCUGACGCACAUUUUUAUAGCAACAAUCAGCUGAACUGUCAGAAAAAGAAAAAGAGUGGGAGCUUUUUGUAUAAUGCAUCUUGUUCUGUGUGCUAGACAUUUUCAGGUUUAUAUUCCUCUGCUGUAAUACAAUCUGUCGUAUAUUUAAAAGGACUAUUUAUUGAGAGCUGGCUGAGUUGUUCUACAGUGUGCUCCAAUGUCUCAACCAUGUUUUACUGCUGAACUGGUACAACAAUAAAC